CACGAUCGGUUCCACCUUCAAAGUUCAAACGCCUGGCCUGCAGGCCUUACAAGUGUCGAUAACUCUCUCCCCCUUGAUAUGUAAGGACGUCAAUACUCGAUCACUCUCUCUAACACGCACAUACAGCAACCUACGACACUGUCGACACAACAUAUGGUGACUCUCUCCCACUGAUCUGUAAGGACGUCAAUACUCGAUUACUCUCUCGCGCGCGCCCCCACACACACAAACACAUACCUCGAACCCACGGACACAACAUGGUGAACGAAACCACCGAUCAAGUGCACGGCGCCAACAACGAUCCGGCAGCGACGACGACGACGAGGGUGGCGCCGGCGCUGCCGCUGCAGGAGCACCGGCUGGCGGUGUCGAACCUGGACCUGCUGCUGCCGCCGCUGGAGGUGAGCGUGUUCCUCUGCUACGCGCAGCCGGCGCCCACGGCGGCCGCGCUCAAGGAGGCGCUGGCCAAGGUGCUCGUGCCCUACUACCCGCUCGCGGGGGAGGUCGUCGCCAGCGCCCACGGCGAGCCCGAGCUGCUCUGCAGCGGCCGCGGCGUCGACUUCACGGAGGCGGUAGGCGGUUCGGAGCUGAAGGAGCUCCGGCUCGGCUUGGUGGACGAGGGCGUCCAGCGGCUCGUGCCCGCCAAGAAGCUGGCCGGCGUGGUUUCUGUUCAGGUGACCAAGUUCAGGUGCGGCGGCAUCGUCGUCGGCUGCACGUUCGACCACCGCGUCUGCGACGCCUACUCCUUCAACCUCUUCCUCGUCGCCUGGGCCGCCGCAGCCCGCGGCGGAGGCGGCCCAACACCGCCGGCCCCGACAUUCCGCCGCUCGCUCCUCGCCCCACGAGACCCUUCGCCGCGCACCAACUCCACGGACGCCCUCAUCGACCGCCUCUUCUCCCCUCUCAGCUCCGUCCCACCCCAGCAGGCGCCACCCUCCAAAGCAACCGCCGUCAACCGCAUCUACCGCAUCUCCGCCGCGGACAUCUCCGCCCUGCAGGCCGCUGCCGGGCCGGGCCGCACGAAGCUGGAGUCCUUCACGGCCCACCUCUGGCAGCUCUGCUCCAAGUCGUCCGCCGCGGCCCAGGCCGAGCAGGCCCAGAAGCUCUGCUGCAUGGGCAUGGUCGUCGACGGCCGUUCCCGCAUGUCCUGCUCCGACGAGUACAACGGAGACGAAGCCAUGAAGCGCUACUUCGGGAACGUACUCACCAUCCCCUACGGCGUGAUCAGCGCCGACGACCUCCGCCGCCGCAUGACGCUCGCGGAGGUGGCGCGCGACGUGCACCGGUGGGUGCGGGAGGCGGCGACGGCGGACCACUUCCGCGGGCUGGUGGACUGGGUGGAGGCCCUUCGGCCCAGGCCCGCGGCCGCCAGGGCCUACCUGGGCGGCACGGGCGGGGCCGACGCCACGGCCUGCAUCGUGUCGUCCGGGAUGGGCUUCCCCGUGGGCCGGCUGGACUUUGGAACGGGCCGGCCCGCGUUCGCGUCGUACCAUUUCCCCUGGCCCGCCGGCGCCGGGUACGUGAUGCCGAUGCCCAGCGCGCGCGGGGAUGGGGAUUGGGUCGUGUACGUGCACGCGGCGCCGGAGCUGGUGAGGGUCUUGGAGGAGGAGGAGCACACGGUGUUCAGAGCCCUGGAGAACAGCUACGUGUUUGGGUACUGAAGAACCAUUGAAGAUCGAUCGAGCUGGCUGCAUAUACGCCUCUAGUCAUCCUCAGGUAAUUAAUUUGCGGGAUAAUGGAUGGUACACCAUGUAUAUAUGUAUGCAUGUCGUAUUGUCAUGUGUGUAAGUUUAAUUCGUGGUGGUAGUAUUUAGAGUUUGUGUAAGUAUGUACAUGCAUGGAGCACUUUGUAAUAUACAGGUAUACGACCAAAACCAACUGCUUCGUUGGUAACUCUAUUUCCGGGGAAUAAACACUCCAUGAGUCCAUGUCACGUGAUGUUGUAGUGAUGUCUUUUGUGGCUGGUGGUAAAUAAAAAUUUAAAAGGAAUGGCUGGUGGCAAUCGGA